CCUCAACGCGAGCAGUCGACUGUCGGUCGACUCGGUCGACUAGAUAAGAUUUACGUUGAGCGGCGUGGUUUAUAUAAAAUUCAUUAAUUUUUGAAUUCUUAUAAUUCAGCUACUUUUAUUUGCAACGAGGAAAGCAAUAGCGGUUAAUAAUCGUCGUCACGUUUUAGACUAAAAUUGAUAUACAGCUAAAAUACGAGAACCAAGUAAAUCAUCGCAUCCGCGUGAUUUAAACACGUGUUCGAGUUAUAUAACUAUAUAUAUAGCUCUCACUGCAAAGAUAGUUAUUUUAUUUGAAUCGUCAAAAUGACACUGAAAAGUUUUCCAAGGGGAGGAGAGAAGUUCGAAAUUAAAAAGAGAUCAUUCGAGGUGCCCAUUGAGGAAGAACGUAAGUCAAAGAAGAAGCGUAAAACUCAAGCGAAGAAAGUGGACAAUGAUAUAACCGAGGACACAAAUCUUAUCGCCACUACUGCGGACCGUUUAUCCCGUGUGACGCUGUGUGAAGGAAUGGUAAUUCUUGGUCGAAUUUCCGAAAUAUCCGAGUACGACUUGAUCGUGUCCAUACCAGGUGGACUCUUGGGUCGUGUGGAAGUCACAAACAUCAGUGAAUCCUACACGAACCUGUUGCAAAGUAUAAUAAGCUCGAAUGACACCCAUUUGGACGAAUUUAAGCCUUUAUCAGACUUGUACAGCGCUGGUGAUUACGUAGUAUGCUACGUCAAGAGUGCAAACGCUGAAGGAAAGUGGUUGUACAAUUUAUCCUUGGAACCACAGUUGGUCAACCGAAAUAUUUACAACAGCCACCUUGUAACGGACACGAAAAUCGCCUGCGGCAUCAAGAGCGUAGAGGAUCACGGUUACGUAGUCGACACAGGUGUAGCUAACGUUAGGGCAUUUCUUGCCACCGAGGACGUCGACAAAGGAAAGCAAUAUUUUCCAGGCAAUCAACUGUUUUGCGUCGUUAAAGAAAUCGAAACCGUGGAUCGCACCUCUGUCAUCAAAUUGUCAGCCAAGAAGAGAAAGAUCAACAACGUCAGCACACACGACACGCCGUCCUUGGACGCCUUAACGCCCGGAACGAAAUUGCAGCUUCGCGUAACCAAAGUACUCUCUAACGGCCUGCAAAUCACGUUUGGAAAUAGAAAUGUUGGAUACGUGAACCAAGUCUACCUGGACAAUCCUGCGUACACAGAGAACACGAAGCUAACCGGCACGCUGUUGUACGUGUUGCCGACUGUGAAACUAGCCUACUUCAGUUUGUUGACCGACACGUCGGAGAGAGAGAGGUUGAAGGUGGGUGAUGUCAUCCAGAAGGCCAGAGUUCUGUUCAGAGAGGCUAAAGGGAUAGUCUUCAGAUUGUCCAUGUCCGGACUACGCGGAUUCGUCUCUCUACGGAGAACCGACGUCCCUCCCGCCAAGAUUCCAGCAGAGUUCAAAGAGGGUUCUGCGCACAGGUGCAGGGUACUCUCGUACAAUUGGACGGAGCAUCUUUACGUCUGCACGAUGGAGCACGACCUUCUGAAACGGAAAUACUUCUCGGCUUCCGACCUCAAGCUCGGUGACACGCUCAACGUAACGGUCGUGAACGUUGACACGAAGUCUGGCUUCGUGCAGGUGCAAGUGGGCAAGAUUUGGGGAGCCGUUCCGCCGGAACACGUGUCCGAUGUCGGCUCAAGUGCAUCGAGCAAACUGAAAGUCGGAGACGGCGUAGAGGCGAGAGUGCUGGAUAACGAUAAGGUAAAAUUCACGCUGAAGCAGUCGCUGAUAAAGAGUAAGCUGCCAGUCUUGCAUGAUAUUCACGAGGCACGAUGUGGCUCGAAGUACCACGGCACGGUCACGAAAAUCAGCAAAACCGGUAUGCUGGUGAGAUUCUACGGGGAUGUGAAAGGGUGGGUGCCACGUGCUAACUACGGUAUGAGCUGGAAUUAUUCAUUAGGUCAAACGGUCACAGUGUGCGUCGAGCACGUAGAAAAAGAAGAAGGUAAAAUGAAGUUGAAAAUCGUCUCUGAAAGACAGGAGGAACGACCUGCUGACCUGUCGAUCGGGGAAAUGGUGGAAGGAACGAUCACGGAAUCCUCCGUCAAUGGAGUACAAUUGAGAAUAAACAAAGAAGGUAAAGUUGUAACAGGUUUCUUACCGGCGAGUCACAUGGCCCCGUGUAUCGAGGUCGGCAGUUUACUGUCGGCGAGGUACGCUGCCGGAGACGAGAUCUCGGCUCUCGUUUUCUCGAGAGAGCCCAGUCUGACAUUCUCACGGACUUUCGUUACGCAGGAACAGUAUAGGAGCUUCGAUGCGCUGAAAGUGGGCGAUUGCAUUCCAUGCACGAUCAGAGACAUAUCGGCAGACGGUGUACGAGUUAUUUUGCCUGUCGAGAAUUACUCCAAGUUUGGAUUUGUACCGUAUAAGAAUAUUAGUAAUUUCGAGCUGCUGCAAGUUAACCAGAUACAGUUUGUUAAGAUCAUAGCCAUAAACAAACGCGAGAAACAUUUAGCUCUGACGAUGUCGCUGAAAGAUGUAUGGGACAAUUUACCUGAUCAUGAAGUUAAGAUGAUGACGGCGGUGGAUGUCUUAAGUCUGUAUCUCAGCAAGUUGUCAGAAUUGGCGAACCAGGCAGUUUACAAAGGCAAGCCCAUUUCUUCCGCAAUUUUAGGGCAGAAAGUUAGCGGCACCGUUGAUAAGAUUACCAAGCAUGGUCUGAUACUUCGACUGGACAAUCACUUGACGGGCACGGUACGCAUGGAACAUUAUUCCGGCAUUAAAUUGAAAGUUGGUGACAAAGUGUACGGAACGAUUUUGUGGAAGAAUUACAUUCACGACCUCGUUGAUGUAUCGAUCCUGCCGCGAAUAGUAAAUGGUAUCAGUUCGAAACAGAAAACAUUGCCACAGCUUCCCACCGGAGUUGUGCUGAGAGCAGAAAUUCUGAUGAUUUCUAAAUGGUUCAUACUCGUUCUGAUAAAACGCAAUGGUGUGGGAUAUCUGGCAGUAUUGCCCGUUCGCAGACACAUAAAUGACGUUUCUCCCGAUUUGUCAUCUUACAAGAUUCACGCCAAGAUCAGAGUGUAUGUCGUAGUAAAUGGAGAUAAGACUGACGUCGUACCGAUCUGCAUGCUAAAAUCAGCGUUUGAAGUUUCAAAAAAUGCAGUAAUAAUGCAGUCAACCACAAAAACCGAAACUUUAAAAAGGAAAGAUUUAUCUGAAGAUAUAAAUCUAGUAGCAAAAAAAUCCAAACUUGAGCGCAGAGAUGAUGUGAUCGCCAGUAAGAGCAAACAAACUAACGAAAACGAGAAAAAAUUGAGUAAAACGAAGGAAGCAAAGUGUGACAGCGGUACUAAGAGGCAAAAAUCCAAAAUAGAGACUAAAACGAGCAAAGAUCAAGAUACAGACAUGAAAAAAGAAAAUAGAAUAAAAGAUAUAAACGAGCUGGAUUUUUCUGAUGCAAGCGAAGUAGAAGAAGGUAAGCUGUUCAUGGAAAAAUUCCAAAUUCCGGAGUGUGGGUUUUCUUGGGACAGUAAACCAAAUCAGGCCGCGCGUGAGAAUGUCGAGACAUCCAGCGACGAGGAGGAGGAACCGGAAGAAGCACUCAAAAAGAAGAAGAAAAAGAAAUUGAGCGCAGCCGAGCGUCGUGAGCAGGAACGGCAGAGGGAACGCGAAAUCCGUCAACGUGAAGAAGCUUUAGCAAGUAAUCGAAUGCCCAAUUCGAUCGAUCAAUUCGACAGAUUGGUGUUAUCUAGUCCCGACAGCUCGCUGGUGUGGCUGCAGUACAUGACGUAUCAUUUGCAAGCCACGGAAAUCGAUAAAGCGAGAGCGAUCGCAAGACGGGCCAUCAAGACGAUCAAUUUCAGGGAGGAGAACGAGCGGGUGAACGUGUGGAACGCGUGGCUGAAUCUCGAGUCGAGAUACGGCAACACCGAAUCUCUAAACGACGUGUUACAGGAAGCCUUAAGGACAAACGAUGCGUUCAAGGUCUACACGCACAUGUUAACUGUGCACGCUGAUGCUGGCAGACAAGCGGAGUUGGAGAAACUGAUCGGCACUAUGAUCGGCAAGUUCAAACAGGAUCUGCAAACGUGGGUAGAAUGCGGUACGGCGUUACUGAAGACUGGUCUGAAAGAAAAGUCUCGCCACAUUAUGCAACGGGCACUACAAUCCUUGCCUGAGUCUCACCACGUAAAUUUGCUGGUGAGAUUCGCAAAUUUGGAGAACAAGUUUGGAGACAAGGAACGGGCACAAACAUUGUUCGAGAAGAUUUUGACCUCUUAUCCUAAGCGCGUCGACGUGUGGUCGUGUUACGUGGAUUGCUUGACAAGAUCUGAGGAUAUUGAUAUAGCCAGGAGAGUAUUGGAACGAGCGUGUGUCCAGACCCUUCCAGCUAGAAAGAUGAAAACUCUCUUCAAAAAGUUCAUGAGUUUUGAGGAGAAAUAUGGUACGCCCGAGACUGUGAGUCAUGUACAACAAAUGGCUGCUGAUUACGUGGAGAAACAAUGUAACGCAAACUGAAUAUAAAAUUUCAUGGAGAUAAUAUUGUAAAUUUGUACAUAUAAAAAAGAUAUAUUUUAUGUAUUUCAUAAUACAAUGUAAAACCU